AUGCCGGACACAAUUGCCUCGGCCCCAAAGUCGUGGGUUCGCCCAGCUAGAAAUGGCGAGAAGAAAGAGUUCCUAGUUUCUAUGGAUAAAUCACUGCUUUCGGUUGCCACGAUGAACGAAGAGUUCGACAAAGACUAUAUAUAUUGGGCCAAAUCUAUGCCUGAUGAAGCACUACAGACAGCAAUCGACUCAUCAAUGUGUUUCGGCCUAUACGAGCGAGCCCAGGGGAUUAUGGCAGAUGAUGGGAGUCAAGAAGCAUCUCUGGUGCAAUUCCCUCAUAUGAAGCAGAUCGGUUUCGCUCGUUUGGUUACAGACAACGUAACAUUCUUCUAUCUUUCGGAUGUGUUUGUCAAGCCCGAAUAUCAAGGAGGGGGACUAGGCUCAUUCUUGGUCCAAUGUAUCAAGGAGGUGUUGGACGACAUGAAACACAUGCGACGAUUCAUUCUGAUGACUGGUGACAAGAACACAGGAAAGUACUAUGAGAGAUUGAUGGAUGUUACGCUGCUGGGUGAAAUUGGGAACGCGUAUAUCUUGGGCCGCAAGGGACCGGGGAGCUAUGUGUAG